AUGGCGCAAUCUCUCUCUUUUGCCGAGCUAAGCUUCGCAAUCGAUCCAAGCUCUGCCAAGAACAUCAAAGAAUCAAAACCACUAUGUGAGAACAUUUUUGAUGUGCCGCGAUCUGAACUUUUCGAAACAUACGAACGAUUACGGCAGGCAUUCUGGACGGAUACACCGAUUGUUGCUGUAGGCACAACAGCAACAACAACAACAAAAUAUACUACACCUACAACAAGCAGCUAUAAUAUUAAUAAUGAUAUUGAAAUGAUACCCACAUCAGCUUCACCCACGAAACGUCAAUUAAGUGAACCAGAAACCCCACAACAGUCUUCAUUUGGCAAGCGUCGACGCGUCGACAGCAGCUCAGCAACAGAAUUAUCGCUCAAACCCACGAUACAGCCACAAAACCAACAACAACAACAACUGUGCGCGUCUGCCGUAAUACCUUCUUUGAUGACACUAUGGGGAUUAAAGCGUAUCAUGAUACAACAGCUACGAUGUAGUCUGCCAAGCUACGACGAAACCAAGAUGACGAUGGUUAUCGAACAAUGCGACCAACAAUGUAACCAGGAACAAAAACAACAUCUGAAACAGUAUAUGGAACCCAUUCUGAUCGCCACGCGACGGCAUUGUCCAGCAUUGGAAGAAGCAUUGAAAAGAUGGCAGCGAUAG